GUCACAAACAAAAACAUUGUACAGUCGACACAAAUCGGUGCAUAUAUGUCGCAUAAUUCCUUUAUUUUAUUUUCUGGGUUACGUAUCCAGACAGGCAACGGCUCCAAAGAUCCGCGCUAACAUACUGGCAUCGUCAUCGGACUCCGAGAGCGGUGGUGUAACCCCUCCACCGCGCAAAAAGCUCAAAACUUGUGCCAGUAUGCAGACGAACGGUACGGUUUCACAGCACAAUGGCGAGACCUUAGAUACUCUCUCGGUUCCGCUGCAAAAUGGGACCACGGAGACAUCGAUGAACGGUGGAGUGGAAAACAAACGGAACCCUCAAAAGACCAUGUCCAAAUCAGACAUGGACAUCAUACGUUUGAUUGGGCAGCAUCUUCGUGGAUUGGGGUUAAAUCACACUGUAAAUGAGCUUAUAGCAGAGUCUGGAUGUAUGCUUGAACAUCCUGCUGCUGCCCAGUUCAGAACUAACAUCAUGAAUGGUGAAUGGAACAAGGCAGAUGAAGACCUUGAUGAUUUGAGGAUUCUGGUUGAGAAGUCUGAAAACAUUCUGGAAAUGAAAUUCCUAAUCCUGGAACAGAAGUACCUGGAGUUGUUGGAAGAUGGCCACCUGUUGGAGGCUUUACACUGCCUGAGACAUGAACUCACUCCUCUCAGAUACAACACGGAGAGAGUGCACGAGCUUAGCAGUUACAUGAUGUGCAGCAAUCCAGAGGACCUGCAUGAUAUGUCUCAGUGGAACGGUAAAGGGCAACAGACCAGACAGAAACUCAUAGAAAAACUACAAGCAUUCUUGCCACCGUCAGUGAUGCUCCCUCCUCGACGUCUCCUCACACUGCUGAACCAGGCAGUGGAGCUUCAGAAGGAGAAGUGCCCCUACCACAACACCAAGUUCUCUAAUGGCUUGGAAGACGUCUCUUUGUUCUUGGACCAUGUUUGCAGCAGGGAGCAGUUCCCAUGUCAGACAAUGCAGGUGCUCAAUGAGCACUGUGACGAUGUCUGGUUCCUACGCUUCUCUCCGGACGGUUCCAUGCUCGCCACUGGCUCUAAAGAGGGAUCACUUAUCAUCUGGGAUGUCGACAAGGAUACUGGUACAGUGAAGUUUAAGCGAACGUUUGAUAACCCUUCAUACGGCGUGUCAUAUAUUGCCUGGAGUCCGGACUGUACAUACAUCAUAGCCUGUGGACCAGACGAAUGCGCCGAGCUCUGGCUCUGGAAUGUCAUUACUGGGGAGUUGAAGGUGAAGAUGAGCCAGUCUCCGGAGGACAGUCUGACAGGCGCCGCGUGGCACAGCGACAGUAGGAAGUUUGUGACGGGGGGCACGAAGGGACAGUUUUAUCAGUGUGACCUUGAUGGUAACGUGCUUGACUCCUGGGAAGGUGUGAGAGUCCAGUGCCUCGCUUGCCAGAACGAUGGGAAACUCGUGUACGCUGCAGACACACACUUCCGCAUAAGAGCGUACAACUUUGAUGAACUUACCGAUUCCCAUUUAAUUCAAGAAACACACCCUAUUAUGUCUUUCACAUUAAACGCAACAGGGAGGCUGUGCCUACUAAAUAUAGCACACCAGGGUGUCCAUAUGUGGGACUUGAAGGACCGAGUGUUGGUGCGGAAGUUCCAGGGUGUCUCACAAGGCACAUAUGCAAUACAUUCAUGCUUUGGAGGUCUCAAUCAGGAUUUUGUGGCUAGUGGUAGUGAAGAUAACAAAGUGUAUAUAUGGCAUUUGCGGCGUGAAAUGCCAAUAGCAGUUUUGGAGGGCCAUUCUCGCACGGUUAAUUGUGUUCACUGGAACCCCACAGUGCCUGGCAUGCUGGCUAGUGCGUCAGAUGACGGCACUGUCAGAAUAUGGGGACCUCGACCUUCAAGUCCAUCAAAAUUAGGUUCAAAUAAAAACUGUAUAGAAUCUGGCCGCAGCACCCCUGUAUAGCAUUGACCCCCCUUGGUAGCUUCCAACAUUUCUUCGCAUCCAUCCAUCAUCAGACAUUGGCUUUCUUCAUGUGAAUGCCUCUCAUCUAUGGAAAUCAGUUAUUUUCUGAUGCGAAAACCAGACUUUCAGUGACUGAAUGAAGACUUUGAUUUUUGAGUUUCCUACACUUACAUUGACAAGUUAUUUGGGCGUUUGUAUUUGAAAAUGGUUAAAGUUUGCAAAGAAAUUGAAUUUAUAAUAACAUAAUUACAUUUUUCAAGUUGUUUUUCUGGUAAGGUAUUUAUAUCAUGACGUGGGAAUAGGAGGCUUCAAGCAAUUAUCUUGUCACUAUGUAUAUAAUGGGUUGUGUUUAACACUUUUGUCCCCCGCUAGAAGUUAAAGGCUUCACUGAGGUUAAGUUUCACAUACAGCCAUAAUAUAGUUUGCUUUUGACCGUGUAAUUCACAAAUAAAAAAGCCUCAUAAUAAAAAUUUACUGUCAGUAUAUGCCUAGUGUGUGCACCUCAUUAUUAUACCCCCAUUACUGGUAAUGGGGGCUUUAUAGGAGUCACUUUGUAUGUCUGUCUGUCGGUCUGUCUGUCCUAAAAAUUUCAUCCAAUCUUCACCAAACUUGAUCAGAAGUUGUAUCUAGAUGAUGUCAAGGUCAAGUUUAAAUAUGGGUCAUGUCGGGUCAAAAACGAGGUCACAGGGUCACUUAGUGCGUUUUAAACAGAAAGUUUGUCCAAACCAUAACUAUGUCAUUUAUCGUAAAAUUUUAAAAUGACUUGGUACAUUUGUUCACCAUCAUGGGACGGUGUGUCGCGCGAAAGAAGUAUGUCUAUAUCUCCAAGGUCAAGGUCACACUGAUUUUCAAAGGUCAAAAUGCUUGUCCGGACCAUAACUAUGUCAUUUAUCAUGAAAUUUUAAAAUCAUUUGGCAAAUUUGUUCACCAUCAUGGGACUGUGUGUCGGGCGAAACAAUUACGUCAAUAUCUCGAAGGUCAAGGUAACACUUUGAGUUCAAAGAUAAAAAAUGGCCAUAAAUGAGCUUGUCUGGGCAAAAACUAUGUCGUUCAUUGUGAGAUUUUAAAAUCGUUUGUCACAUUUGUUCAGCAUCAUUGGACGGUGUGUCGCGCGAAAGAAUUACAUCGAUAUCUUCAAGGUCAAGGUCACACUUUGAGUUCAAAGGUCAAAAAUGUCCAUAAAUCAGCUUGUCCGGGCCAUAACUAUGUCAUUCAUUGUGAGAUUUUAAAAUCAUUUGGCAUAUUUGUUCACCAUCAUUGGACGGUGUGUCGCACGAAAGAAUUAUGUUGAUAUCUCCAAGGUUAAGGUCACACUUUGCGUUCAAAGGUCAAAAAUGGCCAUAAAUGAACUUGUCCGGGCCAUAACUAUGUUGUUCAUUGUGAGAUUUUAAAAUCAUUUGGCACAUUUGUCCACCAUUAUUGGACAGUGUGUCGCGCGAAAGAAAAACGUUUAUAUCUGCAACGUCAAGGUCACACCGUGAGUUCAAAGGUAAAAAAUUGCCAUAAAUGAUCUUGUCAGGGCCAAAACUAUGUCAUUAAUUGUGAGAUUUUAAAAAUACCUGGUACAUUUGUUCACAAUCAUUGGACGAUGUGUCAUGCGAAAAAAUUAUGUCGAUAACUCCAAGGUCUAGGUCACACUCGGAGUUCAAAAGUAAAAAAAUGGCCAUAAAUUUGGACGGCAUGUCAUGCGAAAGAAUUCAAGAGUUCAAAGGUCGAAAUGGCCAUAAAUGAUAAUGGCAUUAUAAUUCUUAAAAAUCGCCAUAAAUUGGAUUCUCUUGUUUUGUGAAGACAGCAUGCAAAAUAGUCUGUGUCAAUGCGGCACGUGGGGGUAUACGUCACGUCUGUGACAAAGCUCUAGUUUAAUGUUGGGGCAUCAGUGUUAGUACCUGACAUCCUGUUGGUAAUUUACUGCAAGUUUUGGGCUACACCGGUAUAAAUGUGAACCCACUCAAAUGUUGCAUACAUCUUUUAUCUUCAAACAUGUAGGAAUAAGGGACCUAAGUGAUAUUUCAAUUACCUCCCUUGACAAACAAACAACAAGGUAAACCACAUUUAAAUUUGUUCAAACCAUUUGGCAUUCUCGUUUUUUCUUGCCGUUUUCCAUAUAUAUAGUGUUAUUAUAAAUUGCUUAUUUUGUAAUAUUUAUGUUAAAAUAAGCAGGAAGUAAUGGAGUAUUUUGAUAUAGAUACGUUUUAAAAGCCUGUAUUUCAAAAGCAUAUAUCUGAUAACAUAAUGAAUUGAUGACCCAAUUAAGCAAUUCACCAUGUAGAACAAUAAAAACCAAUUGAACCAAAUGUUAUGACAUAACUUUUUGUGGGAGAUAAAUGCCUAAGAUCUCUAAUUAUUUCAUGUUAGUAUGUCAAACUAGUAUUCUAAGGAAUUGUUCACAGAGUUUUUGUUUAAGUAUGCCAUUUUUGUUUUGAAUCAAGUAUUGGAGCUGAAGAGCUUGAUGUUUUUUUUAUGAUGCCACCUCCUGCUGUUUGCAAUUAUUUUUUUCUCACAAGUCUUAUUUAACAAAACAAAUCCACCAGUCGGAAAAUGCAAUGCUGGUCAGUCGGGGCUUGGAAAACUCUUCAAGCACAAUUACUGGUAUUUAGUCUAGUUUUCCCAAAAUAUGCUUCGUUUAUAUUUAUGUGUGAUUAUACUUUCAUAAAAUGUUUGCAUAGAAAAUCUAGUAAAUUUUCACAGCACCAAAAUAAAAGGAUUUUUCGUUGCAUACAUGUAGUUACGUUUACAGGAUCAUGUUAACAUGGUGUGAGGGCAUGGAACAUGCGUUGUUAAGUUGCAAUGUUAUUGACUUGUUGUUAUUACAAAAACACGAUUUCAAAGAUUAAUAAAUUAAGGACUAGAAUAGAAAGUCUGUGUGUGUGGUUUUCACUUUCAUGUUCAUGUAUUUAUGUAGGGUAGUUUGAAAAAUAACCCUUUUUAAUUUUUGUGUAAUUAUAUUUUCUACAUAAACAUGUAUGUGUAUAAAAGAAUGUAUUAUUUUAGAGGGAAAAUUAUAAAUAGUGUGACUUGUAAAAUUGUGAUAGUGACAUUUAUGUAAUGUGAAUUUCGACACAGGUUACAUCUGAUUUGUGUUUUUACGAAUGCUUUUUUUGUAUAAUUUGUACAAGAUAGUGAGGUCAGCUGUUGUACGAGAGCUCAUUUUUAUAUGUAUUUGUACUAAGUAGAUAAAGCGAAUGUGUUUUUUGAUAAGUAUGGUAUAAUUUGUAAGAAUGUAGGAAUAUUUUGGGAAAAGGUUUCUGAUGAGAAUAGGGAUAUUAUAACCAUUCAUGUCAAACAAUUUAUUUACUUUAGAUUUCCUAAUGUUUUUUGUACUUUUGUACAUAUGAUUGAUAAGUUAAUAAUUUCCCAAAAUAUAUGUUAUAGAUUGAUAGUAAUAAUUGAAAAACAAUGUUUCCAAUGGAUUGGCUUAUCCAAAAGAUGUUUCCAAUGGAUUGGCCUAUCCAAAAGAUAGACCUUUACUAAUCUGUACCCUGCUGAAUAUUUGCCCUUCAAAAUCACCAUUACCCAUGCACUUUGAACUUUGAACCGUUUGGAAGUCUUGCUUGGUUUAUAUAAACACUAGCUUUGGAAAUGAAAUCUUUUUGUCAAUAACAUCACUAUUAGCAGUGCAUUUCUAUUCAGAGGUGGUUCAAUAUAAGAUGAUAGGGUGAAUUAUUUUACUAGACUGUUUUUCUUUAAUGUUAUGCUUUUCUGAAUUAAUAAGUCAGAGAUUUACAGAGAUGAGCCAUUGGUAAAUGAUAAAACUUUCAGCUUUUGUAUUUGUUGCUGAAAAUAUGAUUCUGUCAAUCAGACUCUUUUUUAGUUAUUCUGAAAAAUGUUCAUGUACAAAUAUAUAAGAAAUAUUACGUUUGAUUCAGCACUUAAGAAAUUGUUGAUUUUUAAAAUAAAAUGAAUGUUUUCUAUCACUUACGUUCUAAUGUGUAAAAGCAACAAUGAUAUUUUGUUUUCUUUACCUCGUCGUAGACCCAGAUCUGAAUUGCUGUUCAUACUUGUUAUAUAAGGGGUAUUAUAGGAUGAUUCAAUUGCACUAGUUCCCCCAUUUAAAAUGUGAGCAACAUAAUGCAAAAACAGGUCAAUGCCAUAUGCACAGUCUGGUCAGGAGCUACGCAUUCCCCUGUAAAGUCACACAAUGUUAAGUUGUCUCUUUAACAGACAUUGUAGCUUCUCACCAUACUGCACAGAUGCUAAGACUGGUCUAUAUCUACACAGACAGGAAUAUGGCAUAGGAUACACUUUCAUAUGACAUGUGUCAUAUGAUACUCAUAAUAAAUGUUCACUCCAAUUUUAAUGAAUUGCAAGAAAAAAAAAUCAUUACUAAGUUACUGUUACUGUAAAUACAGAUUAUUUACAGAAAUAUUUAUAAAUACAAAAUAACAUUAAUUGAAUUUAUUUAUGGUGCAGAAACACACACAAUACAGGUAGUCUGUAGUAAUGACAUGAAUAUUGUCAAAAGUUUAUUUCUACAUAUUUAUUGUGAUUAUUUUAUUAUUUAUGCCAUACGAAUGGCUUGAAAUUGCGAAUAGUUUUAUAACAGAUAAAUGUUUAGAGUGUAAAUAAUGAGUAGAUGCUUUGAUAUGUUAUUGUUCAAAAUAGAGCUAGGGAGUAAAUAACCUUAAACAAGUUUUGUUUUCUUUUGUUCAAAUUGAGUUGAAAAUGAAAAAUUGGAUGUUUUUGUGAGACUUUGAGGAAGUGUGUAUUUGGAUCGUGAUUUUGUUCACCAAAGGUAUUUAUGUGAAACCAGAAUGUUUGUAAAUGUGUUGGUUGGAUUUUGUUUUAUUCCCUCAUGUAUUCUUUGUCUACACUAUUUUAUAAAUGACUAACAGUAAAGAUUUUAACAAAA